AUGUCGGAGCACAGCAAGCAUCUUCACACUCAGCUUCUCAAGGCACUCACCAUCCAGGCCUUCUUACCGAUAUUUUUCUUGAUAUCGGUCAUCAGCUAUGCGAUUGGUCAAUUUGAUAUAUGUCAUCAUCCGCUUCUCGAAUAUACCACCUUUCUUGUAGGCAUUUUCAUUCCGCUGUUGAGUCCUAUAACUACAUUCUAUUUCGUCCAUCCUUACCGUGUAUGGAUACGUGACAAAUUGUUAUGCCUACGAAAGCUUUCUGAAUCUCAUUCAAGUGAAUCCCAACUGAAAGUACCAGUUCGUAGCAGUUUGGAGACUAGCGCCGGGAACUUUUGA